AUGUCCAAUAGAGAUCUUCACAAACUCCAGGAGGUUAGAUUAGCAAGAGCAAAACUUAACACAUACAAGUCUUUCGAUGCUGAAGAAGAUUUCGAAUUCUGUCCUAUCGUAAGCCCUCAGCGCUACACCAAAGAUCAUCGCUCAACUUUGCACUCGCCUCAAAACCUUAAUCAGAUAGACUCCACUUCCCUCUUUAAAAUUCUGGCCGCCGCAAAUCAGCAGCCGCCAAAGCUGCCCCAGAUCGAGCAAGUCCCUGCUUUCUGUCUCCCGCAAAACACCACAGCAUCUCGCCAAGUUCAGGCGGAACACAGCUCGAAGCACCCCAAUUUCAAUUAUAUCUCAGACACACCAACAACGGGUUCUGAAGCAGCAUCCUCAAACGCUUCGUCGUUCAAAUUUCAUUCGGUGUCUUCCAAAGCUGCAGAACAGCUUCAAUCGAUUUACUCGAUCGCGGAGGACAAACAUCCUGGGAGAAUGCGCAUUGUCUCCGGUUGA